AUGGCUCUGAUGGUUAUAAAAUUUGACUUGGCCAAGCGGAUCAAACUGGCCCAGGGACUGUGGCUUUUAUAUUGGCUUGCAGUUAUGGGUGGGAUCCUCAUCUUCAGCAUGGGGCUUUUCUUCAAGAUUGAACUCCGCAAAAGGAGUGAAAUGAUGGACAAUAAUGAGAGUCAUUUUGUACCCAACUUGCUCAUCCUGGUAGGCCUGGCUACAUGCGGCAUCAAUGCCUUUGGAGGUAAAGUGUGCCAUGACUCACUUGAUUCAGCCAAGUUUUCCAAGUGGAAGCCCAUUGUGAAGAAUUACCUGUGUGGAUGCUUUGCUUUCUCCAUCAUCCUCUUCAUCAUGGCACUGCUUUGCUUCCUGAUGCAGAUCUCGCUACAUUUUGCCCUAGCUGAAGGUCUAAAAAACGGGAUGAAAUACUACAAAGACACAGACACGCCAGGACGAUGCUUCAUGAAGAGGACGCUGGACAUGACCCAGAUUGAGUUCCGUUGCUGUGGCAACAACAACUUUAGGGACUGGUUUGAGAUCCAGUGGGUUAGCAACCGCUACCUGGACUUCAGCAAUGAUGAGGUCAAAGAUCGUAUCACAAGCAACGUGGAAGGUAAAUACCUUAUGGACAGCGUUCCCUUUAGUUGCUGCAACCCUGGCUCUCCACGGCCCUGCAUCCAGCACCAUCUGACCAACAAUUCAGCUCACUACGACUACGACCAUCAUACUGAAGAACUAAACAUCUGGACUCAAGGCUGCCGUGAAGCCUUGGUCUCCUACUAUGGGGGGAUGAUGAACAGCAUUGGGGCUCUUGUUCUGCUAGUCAUGGUUCUGCAGGCUGCAGAUAUGAUGGGACUAAAAUAUUUGUCAACCUCUUUGGAGACCCUGACAAACCCAGAGAACCCAGAGUGUGAGAGUGAAGGUUGGCUGCUGGAAAAGAGCGUGAAAGAGACUGUAUCCGAUGUCCUUCAGAAGAUCAAAUCACUUGGCAGAAAGAACCAGGUGGAAGGAGCUGAGGCUGACGCCAGUGCUGGUGCCAGCUGA